UUUAUUAUUGAUUUUCUGCUCUUAACCGCUUCCGUUGCGUGUGGAGUUCCUCUCUCUGUCUCUCAGUCGAACAUCUGUAAAUUCCCGCCACACAGGAUUGAGAAAUAUACAUCGCCUUCUUCUCUCCGCACACAGUAUUGAGAAAUAUACAUCGCCUUCUUCUCUCCGCAUCAUUCUCUGCUACUUAAACGGUAUCUCUUUCCCUGUAAAUGGAGCAGAGAGAGCUUGGCUUCUUGUUCCUUUAUACAUAAGGAGGAAAUGGUACGAGUUGCUUUUUUAUGAAAUUUUUUAUGUUUGUUAGUUUCUAUGGCUUGAACUCCGUGUAAUUAGAACCUAAAAAAUGAUUGCUCAUAGAGUUGUUAGAAACCCUAAAUUUUCAUGGCUUCUACCAGGGACCAUACCAUCUCUGUUAAUAUUUUGCAACUUUUCUUCGACAUGGUCCAUGAAGAAAGAUCCAGCCCUAGAAUCCGCCCUCUCUCGAAAUCGUCGAUGGAUAGUGAACAACCAGCUCAAGAAUAUCAUCCUAAGAUGCCCUAACCAGGCUACACCAGUUCGGUUCCUUCAGAAGAAGUUCAAAACCCUAGAUCUUAAGGGGAAAGCCCCAAACUGGAUAAAGAAAUACCCGCGUUGUUUUGAGACCUUUAUGCAGGAGAAUGAGCCAUGGUGUAGAUUAACAAAGAGGAUGAUGGCCCUUGUAGAAGAAGAAGAAAUAGUGAAAUCAGGGCAGGAACCAGUUCUUGUGGAGAGACUUGCAAAGUUUCUGAUGCUUUCGAAAGAUCGAAGGAUCAAUGCCAUGAAAUUCAAUGAAUUCAAGCGAAAUUUCGGGUUUCCAGAUGAUUAUUUCAUCAGUAUCAUACCAAAAUACCCUGAGCUCUUCAGAGUCAUCAACUUCAGUGGUAAAAGGAAUGGGUUAGAGAUUGAGCUUUUGUCAUGGGACCCUAAUUUGGCUCUCUCUUUUUUGGAGAGGAAAGUUCAAGAGGAGGGUAAAGAAUCACCAAGUUUCCAGUGUUUAUUGCCUUUAACCUGGAAGAAAUCAUGGGAAAAAUUCAUAGAAUUCAAUGAAUCACCUUAUAUAUCACCUUAUGCUGAGCUCCCAAAUGAAAACUUCAAGGAGAAGAGGGAUGUGGGGUUGAUUCAUGAGAUUCUAUCGUUAACACUGUGGAAGAAGGCUUCAAUUGUGAAAUUAGGUCAUUUUAAGAGAGAAUUCAUAUUACCAGAUAGAUUAGAUAUUAUGCUAAUGAAACACCCUGGAAUUUUCUAUGUAUCAAACAGGUAUCAGAUACAUACAGUUGUUCUAAGAGAAGGUUAUUCUGGUUCAGAGCUUAUUGAUAAAGAUCCACUGGUUAUUGUUAAAGAUAAAUUUGGGGAAUUGAUGCAAGAGGGCCUUCAUGAGUAUAACAGGCGAAGAUGUGCUUUGAAUUUGGAGAAAAAGAAGCAGAAUUUGAUCCCGAGAUGAUUGUCUCAUGGAGACUGUUGUAGGUUGGUAAAGGAAAGAGUCGAACAGAGUGUUUAUGAGAUAAUUUGAAGGGGGUAUUUGUCAUAUCCGUUGGAGAGAGGGAAACAAGGCUCUGCAUUAUUAUUCAGCCAGGUGCUGAGAACUUUGCCACAAGACUGCUCUGCAGCUGCACCUGAAGAUAUUUCCCCUCACCUAUGUUUUAUAUGCUUGCUUCAUUUGGCGAAUGAGCUUGGCUUAACAAUUAAAGACUUUAGAUGAGCUCUACAUCAAGAUGCCUCCUCAAACUGAAAGCAGUGUAGGGGUUGAGGAUGCUCGUCUAACAAAUAAUCAAGCACCGACUUUAUAGUGUAUAUGGGGCACCUGUAUAUCAAUGACAAAGGGUGUUCAUGUUCCUAGCGAGUGCUAGUAAUUCCUUUUUUGCUUGUCUCACCUUUCGUUCUGAGUGUAUGAUUUUGUGGAACAUUGUAUCUUCUUGUGCUUUUCACUGGUUAUGCAAUUCUAGAUUGUUGGCAUUAAUAGGAGAUAUGUACUUUAUACCAUGUAUCUUAUUUAUGAAUAUUGCAAAUGAAUUGAUACGUAAUGGAACUGUGCAAUUCGAAGAA